CAUUUCUACAUGAGGUCUCGUGUUGUCCGUAUCAGGGAGAAGAAACAUAGUAUUUCAUAUAGCUAUGGCAAAUGAACAGAGCUGCCAAACUAAAACUGACGAGCAAAAGGAUUUCGUCCUGAAAAACUCUGAACUGUUUGACGACGGUGCUCAAGAACCACCGGAUUUAGUGGAACAAGAAUGUGGUGGUCGCAGACUUGUUAAAAAAUUAAAAGAAACGGUCACCGACAAUGGGUAUGAAUUGGAAUUUGAAGAGGCUGAAACUGCAUCAAACGAUGACGAGUAUAAAUACUACACACAAGAAGACUAUUUGAAAGGCACUAUGAAAAGUGCUCCGGAAUCAUUUUUUGAUGAUAUUCGCAAGACAAUGUUUCCGAUUGACCCACCUGGAGAUCGUGAAAUAUGGAAAAUAGUUGAUAAAGAAGGCUAUGGUCAACAAAUGCCUAAGAAAUGUAAGCUAGAAUUUCAUUGCAGUUUCUACGCCGAAGGGAGUGAUGAACCGUUCGACUCGUCACAGAUGCGAGGCGAGCCAUGGAAAAUCUCCAUGCUUGAUAUUAAUUUUGUAGGGCUUCAGUAUGCUCUAUUUUCAAUGAAAAUUGGCGAACAAUCUCGGUUUUUGAUAUAUCCGAAAUAUGCUUUUGGUAAACGUGGGGUUCCCCCAAGAAUUCCCCCGAACUGUACUGUGCUUGCUGAAGUUGAACUGCUGAAUUGGGUAGACAUAACUGGUCGAAGUGACUUUUUUUCCUUAACUUAUGAAGAUCGACGAGACGCAAGUUUCGAGGUUCGCAAGAGUGCUGUUGACAAUUUAAAUGAUGACGCAAAGAUAAAAUACAAACAAAAUUACUUUAUGGCCGCGUCGAAAAUCUACCGUAGAGUUCAAAAUAUUCUCGAAGAAGCCAGACUCGCUAAUGAUGAAGAGGAGCGCGAACAAAGGCGAUUAUUGAUAAAAGCAUACGUUAAUCGAGCUGUAUGUAAUAUUCAUUUGAAGAAUCCGAAAUAUGUAAUAACAGAUACAAAGAACGCACUGUUAUUAGAUCCUAAAUGUGGCAAAGCUCUAUACCUUUUAGGGAAGGCUCAUCGACUACUUGAAAAUUUUGAUAAGGCCAGCAAAUGUCUACUACGUGCUCAAAAGUUGGUGUCAAGGCAAGAAGAAGUCUCGAAGGAACUAGAAGUUCUAGAUAAACUGCAAAAGAAAUGGCUAGAAAAAGAGAAAAUAUUAUACCAGAACAUGUUUAGCAACCAUAAACGUAUUACCAUCAAAACAGAAAAAAAAAAUACAGACAAGAAUGAUAGAAAAAACGAAAGACAAAAAGCACAUGUAAACGAGAACUUAAACAGUGGACAUGAUAAUAAUAACUUAAAAACUCAAUCUAAAAAUAAUAGCUUGAAAACUCAAUCUGUCGAGUGUAGGUCGAAAAAUGAAUCUAAAGACAAUAAAUAUUGCUCAAGUAAGGAUCCUGAAAAUAAAACAUGUAAAAAUCCAAAAUGUCAAGAGUCAAAUUCUAAAUUUAAAGACUGUAAUUCAAAUAAUCAGUAUUGUGGGCCAGAUAAUGGAGAUGAAAAAGAUACUGAGAGUAAAAACGUUGAACCUUAUAGGAACGUUCCUCUCAGUGAAAUGGAAUGGAUAGAGGAUUUCAUUCAGGGCAUAAAUUCUCGAAAAGUUUUAGAUAUUGUUGGUUUUACAGCUUUUGAGGUAGAAAGUCUUAUAACAGCAAUUGAGAGGAAAGGUUUAAACGUAGAAUGUAAGAAUAUGGCUCUAAUUGUUUCCGUCAAAGAGGACCCUACUGAAAUCAUUGAUAAGGAAACUAGUGAGGAAAUUGAGGAGGACUUUAGCGUAAAGGAAGUUGAAUAAGUUUCAAAAUUUCAUAUUUCAAUCAAUAAACUACACUUAAAACAAUUACCUAUGCCAAUAUGUAACAAAUUGAAAGCACUUUUAUGUGAGAGUUUCCAAACAACCAAACUUAGAUGUCUUAUAAGUAUGUAGUCUAUUAUUAAGUAUUCUCCUCAUCGUCUGUUGAAGAUUCCAAGCUAUCCAUAUUGCUCGAACUAUAUUCACUGCUGAAACUUUUGUAACGGGUUCGAUUGUAGCAUACAACUAAAUAGAACGUGCUAGUAAAUGCAAAAGCCGAAACAAUUAUUGCAAGAAAAUAAUAUUCAUGAUAAACAACAUUCUCUUUCUUUUCUUCCAUUAAUUUUCGAUCAAAAUCCCAAUCAUUGUCUAAAUCAUCAUCUGGAUCCGCUUGAAGUAGAUCAUCACCAACAAUAUACACGCCUCUCCUAGUAGACAAUCGCGAAUACAAUUUGCGAACAGGUAAUUCUUUAACUACGUCAUCUACAUCUCGUUUUCGUUUCUUACUUUUAGUCUCUUCAUUCUCGUAUUGUAGUUUAUUCAGAGCCCUCCAUCUUUUAAAUUUAAAUUUCUUUUCAACAAUAAAAUUUCCAUGAGGAAUGAAACAAUGAAAAAAGAAACAUAUUGAAAAAAAGUAUAGUGUUUUAGCCAUUCUAAAAUAGUGUAACGAUAAUAAAGAUUUUUAAACCAGUAUUAU